AGGUGUAAACCCAACCAAUGUCAUUUAUGUGAAACCAUUACUUUUUAUGUGCACUGGCAAUAAUAAUGGUAAGCACAACUACAAUAACAACAAUUGCUGCUGGACAACCAACGAGUAGCUUAAAUCAUCAUCCGCAUCAACAGCAACAGCAACCAGCGACGACACUAGGCUCAACCAUAACCGCAACUGCAACCGCAAACAAUUCCAAUUACCAGAGAUCAGCAUCCCAGCAGCAACAGCAACAACAACAUACACAGUCGUAUCACCAUCCAUCAUCGUCAACAUCGUCAUCGUCAGCGACACAUAACAGCUAUUACAACUCAUUAACAUUAAAUGGUGUUGGUACUGGCGUUGGCGGCAACAACAACAUCAGCAGCAAUAGUAACUGUGCCAUAAAUAACAACAACGACAACGGCAGCAACGUCAAAAACAGAGUUGCCGCAAAAAACAUUUCACUAAGUGGUUUCGUCACCACAGCGGAGCAAGAGAGUUGUGGUGUUGUUGUAGACCACAAUUCAUCUCACUACUCAGCGCGACCUUCGUCAUUGUAUAACGGCAGUGGUAAUAUUGCUGACGACGGCCAGACUGUAGGUAACAGCGGCAGAUCCACAACAACAAUAACAGCAGCAGCAGCAGAGGAAACCGCAAGCGUAGACCAACAGCCACAAAGUCAUGAACCGGCAGCAGUCACAAAGUCACCAACAAAAACUGUGAAUUUAUCGCAAGCGCUGCUCUCCACAUCACCGCCGCUACUGAACGAUCAAAUAUCGCUACUAUUUCCCAAGUGUCGACCACGUCAAUUGUCGCCCAAUAACAACGCGCCAGCCAGUCGCAGCAGCAACACGCAGAGUAAAAGUCAGAAUAGCUGCGAUAGUGAAGUCUUGAACGCUACUCACAAUAAGCGCGUGAACUCUUCACUUGAGCACGACGUGGGCAACGAAUCCGGAACGAUCGUGAGAGCAGCAGCCGCACCACCACAGCCGACCACUACAAACUAUUAUAAAAGCGUCAAUAUUAUCACCCAAUCACCACCACCGCCCUCAACGUCUUCGGUAUCAUCCGAGUCGCUGUCGUCGGUGACGCCGCGCAUUUCUACGAAUCCCUUUCUCAGUCACACAGACAGCGUGGAGAAAAAACCACUCGAACGCGCAUCACGCCAUCAACACAAAUACAGCGACGAAGAGAGAAGUACCGUAAGCAAUCGUCACGCGCGCAACGACAAACGUGACGCUGUUCACUACAACGAUCACGGUAUCUGCGACGACGACGAGGACGAAAACAUUAACGAUAACAAUAUCGUAGAAGACGAAGAGCUGCCAGUGCCCUCGUAUCCUCCAACAUUUUACUAUCACACCGAAACCAAACAUUCACAACCACAAACGCGACAACGCCAUCAUCAAACCGGCGACAGCAGCAAUAGUUACGAGAUGCCGCGCAAACGCGCCAGUUAUGGGUCGCAUCACCACGCCCAGCAGCCGUACACACAUUUCGCAACCUCGGCGUCACAGCAGCAUCAACAAGUACAGUUGGCACAGCACAAGCAGUCAAACCAUAACUCGAACGCAGCAGCGAGCAGCUUGAAUCAGAAUCCAUUCAUUAAAGAUGGCAACUAUUGGGAAGGACGUGAAGCGCCAGUAUCAGCGCAUAGCGCAGACAAUACUGAACGUACGCGUUUACCACCCCACUAUAAUGAUAUAGACGACGCGGAGUCACACAACAUACCAACGUCUGUUAGCACACAAUCGUCAACGUUCGGUUCUACGACCACGACAGCACCAAUUGCUAGCGCAGCGUCCAGCACCUCCGCUCGACGCGCCUAUCACCAGCAACAGCCUUAUACAAAUAGUGUCCCACCCCGGCAACACCAUCCACAACAGCUGCAGCGGCCACAAUCGCACAUCAGCCGACUUAGUCGAACUACUAUUGAACCAGGCACUGGAGAACAUUUUGCGGAAACGGCUUCAAAACACGGAUUCCACCAGAAACAACAGCAGCAACAAAGUAGUCUACAAGCCGUGCAAAAUUCAUGUGCCGAAGGUCUCACUCCACUCGCCAGUCAUUAUUUGUAUGGCAGCAAAACAUCCCUGGAACAGCAGCACCAACAAAAUGUCAUUAAUGUCAGCGAUAACAGUAUACUCGUCGAGCGUGAAAUAAGAGAACGUGAUAGAGAACAACGUGAGCAGCGGAAAGCUGCGGCAGCAUAUGGCGAGUGGGAAAGAGAACGUGAACGAGAGCGAGAAUGGGAACUGGAACGUGAACGAGAACGCGAACGAGAAAGGGAAAGAGACAAGGAAAGAGAAAGAGAAAAAGGGCGAGACCGCGAACGCGAUUUUGAAAGGGAGCAAGGUCGUUGCAGUGAGCUCUACUUGGGCGGAUCACAACAGUAUCAACCAGCAAAACAUCGUAAUUCCAGGAAAAACAGCAAUGUCGGAGAUACAAAUGGACAUUCUGCGGUUAGCAAUGGUGAAGUGGUCGUCUUUGAUGAUAUCACCGAGAGUUGGCAAAACUUGAGAGUAACAACCGACACAAGUGUCCCAACAAUGCCACCUGCUUCGACUCGACAACACUUACAGCAGCAACAGCAGCAGCAGCAGCAGAGCCACAGACAACCCACAUCCUUGACACUGGUUGACGACAAAGACGAAUACGUUGAACAAGUCAUCAGCCAGCAUGCCGAUGUGGAGGUAGCAGGAAAUCACAACACUAGCAACAAUAACACGUCAAUAAUAUAUAAGGAUCAUACAAAGAGAUACUUGGAGCGAAGUAGCUACACAAUGCACGCAGUGGAAACGCGACACGGCAUCAUAGAAUACGAGGGCUCACCACGUCGCAUUGGUGCGCAAUCACUUGGCAUUAUGCCCGCGGAUGAUGAAGCCGAGGAGGCGGUGGCGGCGGCGGCGGCAGGUGCAGAGGAGGAAGUUGAAAUGGAUGUAGAUGUGGGGCUGCCAAUGCAACCAAAUUCGUCGCACGUACAGCAAACGCAUAGCCAACAGCACUCAACAAAGGUAGCUACAACAGCAACAACCUCUAAUAAUGGCGGUGGUGGCAGUCAAUAUACAACAGUAACAACUACGCACAAUUCGCCACAGCAACAAUAUCCGGCGCGUCCCGGUUUCCCACAGCGUAUUAUUUCACCGCCGCGUGAGAGCACUCCGCCAAUAAUGCUGCUGAGCCAUAAUAAUUCUAAACAGCAGCAACAACAACAGCAACAGCUAGAAUAUCAGCAACAACUGCAACCACAAGCGUUGCCGCAGCGGCAAUCGUCACCGCCCACGGCUUGCACUUUGGACAAUAACGCCGAGGAUACAAGUAAUGAUGUAUCCGAGAUUGGCACAAUUUCCGAUUUGACCACACCGGAGGCAAUAUCGGCAACGGGUGCGCCAACAACGCCCACACGUACCACCGAUUCACCGGCGGUUAAUGCGACCAACAAUACAGCAAUGCCACCAAGUACGAGCGCCAUGGCGUGCAAACCAGUAGCGACGUUUAGUAGCAGCGCCUUUAGCAUACCAACCAAGUCUUCGACGUUCGACUACCUCUACGAAUUCUCCGAGACGCGCAAAGUGCUCGAGGAGUUCUUCAAGUGCCCCUCGAUGGACGAUCGGCCGAUUGAAAAUGGCAGUGAUGUUGAUAGUAUCGACAUUCAAUACGAGUUCCAAAAUAAUUUGGAUCGUGGCGACGAUGAUGAUUUAGACUCCCACUCAAAUGUUAAUGUAGAUGCCGAAGACGAAGACGAUGAGGAGGAGGAAGACGAAGAUGAUGAUGAUGAUGGCCUAAUGGGCGUGGAUAUGGAUGAUAUACAUCCCCAGCAUCACCACCACCACCAGCUACAGCAACAGCACAACAACCAAAUGCGGCAGCUGCAAACGACAUUGCAACAGCGCAACAGUCAUCGAGAAUCACAGUUACAUUUGCAAGCAUCACCAACGCAAUACCGCCAUCAGCAACAACAACCACAACAGCAACAUCAAAAACAACAUCAACAAUACCUCCAGCAGCAGCCACUGCAACAAUUGCAAUCGCAACAGGAGGAACAACAACAAAGAUCAACUAAUCAUCGCAAUCGUGCACAACGUCAUCAACAACAAAACAGCAGCAGCAAUAAUAGCACCAACAAUAGCAACAUCUACAAUAAUUCGGGGCAUGCACAUCGGCGGCGCUUUACCGCUAGCCCAUUAAUGCGUGACUUUGAUUUCUUCCUGGAUUCGGCCAGUCGCAGCAGUGGCGAACAAUUGGAUCAACAAGAUGGUGUCAAUCACAAUCAGUUGGACACACCGAGCACUUACCGUUAUUCGCCUGAGACAACGGACUACGACUCGAAUUGUGGAGAUUUGGAUAGUCUCUCGGGCGAAAUAAAUGGCGUCUCAACAUCCUGUUCGAAUUACACAAAAUACUAUGCCUCCAGCAUGCCCGUGCUGGAGGACGGUCUCUCGUCGGGGCAUACCUCCGACACGGAGAAUAACAACCAAAAUAAUCUCAACAGCAACUUGCAGCAGCCGAGCACUGUGAUACAUCACAACCCCAUCGGUAGCGGAGGUAUUUCGAUGCUGAUGGACAUGAAGCGCUUAUCCACUAAUAAUAGCAUAAAUAGCAUGAAUAAUCUCACUAUAUCGACAGCAGACGGUGGGGGUAGUGUUGGUGCUGAGCAGCGGAACAACUCAAUAUCGUCGAAUAUUUUGCGCGAUACUCCCUACUUGCGCAAAAAUGACAGCCCUACUGCAAUAGUGGGCUUACAGGAAGAUUCCGGACGCGAUUCGGCACGCUCGAGCUCGAAACGUGAUGGACGGGGAGGUGAACGCGAACUGCUAGGACAAAGUCCUACAAAUAACAGCAACAAUAAAGUAUUCAAGAAUAUUGAUCCUGAGCUGGAUUCUCUUUAUUCGAUUAGUAUUUUCCAUCGGCCCGACAUGGUGCAGAUGACGCCGCCACCACCCGCACCAGCGCCACAUCGCAAACCGAAUAUACUCAGCCCAGAACCGAAAAUCCUACAACCCACGCCCUACAAAGAAAACCUACACGCUGCACCUGCACCACCCAGCGCAACUUCACCCAUUAAUGCACUCGGCGCAGCCACUGGCUCCAAUGCGGGCAGCGGCGUUACAUCUGUGGCAUCAGCUAUAAGCUCCACACUUAACCGUGGCAAAAUACACACACAGCAGAGCAAUGCUGCCAUCUCACCGUCAGGCCACAGCACCGCACUACGCUCCAACCAAACACACGCGCAAUCACAACCACCGCCUGUGCCAUCACAGCCAUUGCCAUCAUCGCAGACCCAAUCACAAUCACAAUCGCAGCCACCGCCACCAAUCCCAGAACGCAAUAUGCCGCGUACGCCUUCGCCUGUGAUGAACUCACCCGUGUGGCUACCGCGCCAUUUGGAUAAUAGCGCUAACAAAAGUCUGAUCGCAUCCUCGCCGGGACAUCACUCGAAGAAUCUGAGCGCCGAUGAAGACGAUGUUGAUACCGAUCUCGAAACAGAUCGUCUGCUAGGCCAUCAACGGCUGGACGAUCAAGGUUAUUACGACGAAAAUAAGUCAUGGGAAUCGCGUAAGCUGCGCUCGUCUCUACUCUCGAAAAUCUCGCCCAAGCAACAAUUGGCGAGCACAAAAACACGCAACGGCUACAAUGCUUUGCUCUCGACCACACCCGAAAUCCCACCGCCGAUACCACCGAAGAACACCACUAGCAAACUGCUCGACAUUGAUGGCUCCAUGUCAUCAUCCGAGCAUAGCGAUAAAUCGCCAAUUAAAUCGAUCGACACACAAGACUGUGUUGUGGCGAUGGGCAGUCCAGGCGGCUCGGAUGGCUCCGCUUGCAUUAGCAGCAACUCAAAGAAGGAGCUCGACUUGUCGACGAUCAACUCAAAUGGGCUGCCAAACAGCGGUGGCAGCAAUAGUGGCAGUGGCAGUGGCAGCGGUAGUGGUAGCGCAGGUGGAGUUGGCAGUAUUGGACUCGUUGGCACUGGCAAUGCGAAUGGCAGCGUUGGUGGCAGCGGCAGCGGCAGUGGCAGCGGUGGCGGCAGUGGCACUGGUAAUGGCAGUGGUGUUGGUGGUGGCCACAGCAGCUCGGCUGGUUCCAAUAGCACCAGCGGCGAAAAAAAAGUGAAAAAGAGUGGCGCAGUGCUGAUUGAGGGUGUACUCUUUCGCGCCAAGUAUCUGGGUUCCACACAGCUGGUUUGUGAGGGUCAACCUACGAAAUCGACGCGUAUGAUGCAAGCCGAAGAGGCGGUCUCACGCAUUAAGGCACCAGAUGGCGAUGUACAGCCCAGCACCGAGGUGGACCUCUUCAUAUCAACGGAAAAGAUAAUGGUUCUCAACACAGACCUCAAGGAAAUCAUGAUGGACCAUGCGCUGCGCACCAUCUCCUAUAUUGCGGAUAUUGGCGAUCUGGUUGUGUUGAUGGCUCGGCGCCGUUUCGUGCCGCAGGAUAUUGAUGAUGCGCCCAAACCGAAUCGCACACCAAAGAUGAUCUGUCACGUCUUUGAAAGUGAUGAAGCGCAAUUUAUUGCACAGUCAAUUGGACAGGCAUUCCAGGUGGCUUACAUGGAAUUCCUUAAAGCAAAUGGAAUUGAGGAUCAUAGUUUUGUCAAAGAAAUGGACUAUCAAGAGGUACUCAACAGUCAGGAGAUCUUCGGUGAUGAGCUGGAGAUAUUCGCCAAGAAGGAGCUGCAAAAGGAAGUGGUCGUACCAAAGGCCAAGGGCGAGAUAUUAGGUGUGGUGAUUGUGGAGAGCGGUUGGGGUUCAAUGUUGCCAACUGUGGUCAUUGCGAAUCUCAUGUCGUCCGGGGCUGCGGCGCGUUGUGGUCAAUUGAAUAUUGGCGAUCAGUUGAUAGCCAUCAAUGGCUUAAGCUUGGUCGGACUGCCGUUAUCCACGUGUCAAACCUACAUAAAGAAUACUAAAAAUCAGACUGUGGUGAAGUUUACGGUAGUGCCGUGUGCUCCCGUGGUCGAGGUUAAGAUUAAAAGACCCAAUACCAAAUACCAGCUGGGUUUCAGUGUGCAAAAUGGUGUGAUCUGCAGUUUAUUGCGUGGCGGCAUUGCUGAGCGUGGCGGAGUGCGUGUGGGUCACCGUAUAAUUGAAAUAAAUAAUCAAAGUGUGGUGGCAGUGCCACACGAGAAGAUCGUCAAUCUGCUGGCGACUUCUGUGGGCGAGAUUCUAAUGAAAACUAUGCCGACAUCAAUGUUCCGAUUACUUACCGGCCAGGAGAAUCCAAUCUAUAUUUAAGGCAAGCGUAUUUGAAUAAAAAUAAA